AUGGGAAAUCAAUGGCGCGGCUCUGGCGAGGAGGAGAGCGGUGGCCAAGAACAUGAUGGGCGGAUAUGGGCGGCAAAUGCCAUUUGUGGGUGGGGAAGCUGGAUCCGCAGGUGCCGUGCUGAGAACGUGCAGCUCGGUAAGGGGAAAAUCAGUGGCACGGCCGUGGCGAAGAGGAGAGCGGUGGCCAAGAACAUGAUGGGCAAAAAUGCCCUUUGUGGGUGGGGAAGCUGGAUCCGCAAGCAGAGUAAUCAGUGGCGCGGCUGUGGCGAGGAGGAGAGCGGUGGCCAAGAACAUGUUGGGCAGCAAAUGCCCUUUGUGGGUGGGGAAGCUGGAUCCGCAGGCAGAGUAAUCAGUGGCGCGGCUGUGGCGAGGAGGAGAGCGGUGGCCAAGAACAUGAUGGGCGGUAAAUGCCCUUUGUGGGUGGGCACGCUGGAUCCGCAGGCAGUGGCUAGAAAGCUGGACGAAAAGGAUGAUAUGAGGAGAGCGGUGGCCAAGAACAUGUUGGGCGGCAAAUGCCCUUUGUGCGUGGGGAAGCAGGAUCCGCAGGCAGUGGCUAGAAAGCUGGACGAAAAGGAUGAUACGAAUGAGUUGAUUACCAAGCGGAAGGUGGACGGCACUGAUUGCAUUGGUGUGAUUGCCAGCAGGUCGCUCUUGCGGAUAGAGACCUUCCACUGUGUCGACGAGCUGCGACGCUUGCUUGGCCGCUGGCCUCAUGGGGCAGCUUUGAUCGAUGAAGAUGACAAUACUCUCUUCCACCUGGCGGCAUCGCAGAGCAGCCGCUGCGCAGCUCAACCAGAGGUUGCCAAGGAGGUGGUUUCCUUGCUGCUGCAAAGUGGAUGGCAAGUUGUGGACCAGAAGAAUCGUGGUGGUGAACGUGCAGAAGUCGUGGCAUCCCGUCUGGAUCCAAACGGAGCAGCGGAGCAGAUCAUCCGCGCGAGGUCUCAAUGCUUCAAGGAGUCCUCGAGGGCGGAGGUUCCUUUGCAGCUGCUUGGUGAGAUGUCUCCAGUGCCAUGGGAUUGGCAAUAUCCUGUUCAGGACGAACAGCGCCGCAGCUUUGCUGGUGUGAACUUCAGGGCCUUCUCUGAAGAGACCUGCUCUCGAUGGAUGGCUUCCUUGGUAGAAAAGGGGGAAUGGAUUGAACUUCCGGGCGUGCCGCGACAAGUGAUUUGGUAUGUCUCCGAGGACUGCGCAGACGUGCCUUACCGGUACUCUGGGCUUGAGUUUCCGGCUGUCGUUUAUCCCGACUUCAUGUUGGAGAUCCGGAAGGAGCUCUGCAAAGUCUGUGGCAUCCCAGAGGACGACUUUCCAAACUCCUGCAAUGUGAACAUCUACCAAGAUGGGAGCAACGAGGUGGGUUGGCAUUCCGAUGAUGAGGUGAUGUUCCAAGGCUUGUCUGGAGACACAAGGAUACUCUCAUUAUCUUUGGGUGCAGCAAGGGAUUUCAGCUGGCGGUUGCAAGGUACGACAGAGACCCUAGGGACUGUGUCUUUGGGUGAUGGUGAUGUUGCAACCAUGGAAGGUUUGUUCCAAAAGCAUUACAAGCACGCGGUUCCUGCUUGCACACAGCCUUGUGGCAAACGAAUCAAUUUGACCUUCCGCUGGAUCAAAGUCAAGGCUCACGCAGCCGACGCUGCCACUGUCGCGACCACAUGAGCCAGAAAAAUGGAC